CCUGCUGCCAGCCCGUUGGUGCCGGUCGCCUCUGGGGAAGCAGACGCGGGCUGGGGGAAGAGAGAGCGGCUCGCCAGGGCCAGGCGCAGCCCCUGUGCCGCCGGAGGCUGCUCCCGCGGAUUUUGUGAAUCGAGCUGGGCGGGCGCUCGCUCCCCCUCCGGGCGCCGCCUUCCCCGACGCAUUUAAACGAGCCAAGUUUCCACGCCGCUCCGGAGUGGCAGCGUUCCACCCUCGCAGCCGGGCGGAGCGUGGGCAGCGCUGGGUACCGCUCGGGCCGAGCAUCCCUGGGCCGCGGAGCAUGCAGCUGAACGCAACGUCUUCGUGGCAACAGCACGCGGGUCCGUCGCGCCUGCAGCCCACGGACUGGGCGGCGGGGAACGUCUCCAACAGCUCGGAUCCGUACUCCCAAGGGCCGGGCGAGGAAGAUCUGGAUGUGAACACCGACAUCUACUCCAAAGUCAUGGUCACGGUCAUCUACCUGGGGCUCUUCCUGGUGGGCACCGUCGGCAACUCCAUCACCGCCUACACGCUGGUGCGCAAGAAGUCCCUGCAGAACCUGCAGAGCACCGUGCACUACCAUCUGGCCAGCCUGGCUUUCUCCGACCUGCUCAUCUUCCUCCUGUGCAUGCCCAUCGAGCUGUACAACUUCAUCUGGGUGCACCACCCCUGGGCCUUCGGGGACGCCGUCUGCAAGGGCUACUACUUCCUGAGAGACGCCUGCACCUACGCCACCGCCCUCAACAUCGCCAGCCUCAGCGUGGAGAGGUACAUGGCCAUCUGCCACCCCUUCAAAGCCAAGAGCAUCAUGUCCAGGAGCAGGACCAAGAAGUUCAUCAGCUGCAUCUGGGUUGCCUCUUUCCUGCUGGCCAUCCCCAUGAUCUUCACCAUGGGCGAGAUCUACGGCAGGGACCAGCAGCCCGACUCUCUGAUCUGUACCACCAUUGUGGAAGCCUCCACGCUUAAGACUGUCAUUCAGGUCAACACGUUCAUCUCCUUUGUGUUUCCAAUGGUCGUCAUUUCUGUUCUGAAUAGUAUCAUCGCCAACCAGCUCAUCAUCAUGUUCAAGCAAGCAGCACAAGAAAACCAGGUCUGCAUUAUUGGAGGGCAGCAGACGAUGCUCAGCAUGUCCAUGGAGCCCAGCCGUGUGCAAGCUCUGAAGCACGGAGUGAGAGUCCUGCGUGCUGUUGUGAUUGCCUUCGUGGUCUGCUGGCUUCCUUAUCAUGUUCGGCGUCUCAUGUUUUGCUAUGUUCCAGCAGAUCACUGGACAGAGUUCCUUUAUAACUUCUACCACUAUUUCUACAUGUUGACAAAUGUCCUCUUCUACGUCAGUUCUGCUAUCAAUCCCAUCCUCUACAACCUGGUGUCUGCAAACUUCCGCCAGAUCUUCCUCUCCACGCUCAUAUUCCUGUGCCUGCCGUGGAGGAAGAAGAAAAAGAGACCCAGCUUCACCAGGAAGUCCAACAGCAUUUCUAGCAACCAUACGUUUUCCAGCCAAGUCACUAGGGAAACAACAUACUGAGACCCGAAUGAAGUCAAAGGAAGGGAGAAUGUGUUUCAGCAUGGAUUUAGGACAUGAGAGAGACCUCUGCGACCUUAACGCAUGGUCUCUAAAUUCACCAUAACACGAAUGUGUUUAGCAGUCUCAUUUUUGUUGGAACAAAUAGGCUUCAUUCUGCCAGUAACUUUGGGGUUAUUUUAAAGCAUCAGCCUUGCCUCUUGUGAAUAAUGUCUACGCAUUUUUGUAACUUCGGUACGGCAUAGAUUCAGAUGCAGUGUAACCUGGGAAGCCACAGCACUUCUUCAGCCUAUAAAUGUCAAGCUUAGGCAACUCAUAUUGUGCUUCGUCCUUUUCUCCAUGCAGAGAUGCCAUGCUAAAGUUGAAGAGCUCAACAUUGUUUCUCUUGGUGGCACUGAGCUGAGACGUUAAUGAGGAGCAAGGCAGUUUUGAGUGAAAAGGGAUAUUUUUUGAGGGGGGGAGUAGUAAUCCAAGAGGUGAUAAAAGAAAGAGGAAUGAAAAUAAUGGAAUCAAUAGGGAAUAUAGCACUCAGGGAGCAAGGUGGCUAUUUAUAGAACUCAUUCUGAAUUCUGAUUAAUUAAACCAGGGUGUCCAGGAGACCCAAUUUAGUGUCCCUAUAUUAAAUAACAAAAUAAUGAUAAUGCCUUACCUAGAUUAGGAUGGCACCUUGGAAAACACUGUUCAGUGCUCUUAGGGGACAAGUUUCAGAGUAACAGCCGUGUUAGUCUGUAUUCGCAAAAAGAAAAGGAGUACUUGUGGCAUCUUAGAGACUAACCAAUUUAUUUGAGCAUAAGCUUUCGUGAGCUACAGCAAGGGACAAGGAUCAUCUUUUUGUUAGGUGUGUGUAUAAUGCCCAGCACAAUGGGGCCUCGAUACCUAUUGAGUCCUUUCAGCAAGGUCAUCACACAAAUACAUAAAAUAAUAAAUAAUAAUAAUAAUAAUAAUGACAAAGGCUAGAAUGCUAAAAUCGAGGCAAAUCUUAUUGUUAAAAACAAAUAAGAGGGCAAUCUUACAUUUAGCUUCAUAGCCAAAUCCCAUUUUUACCACUGAAAAAAGGUAAAAAGUUAUUGAGCCAUAUCAAGAGGUGAGCAAAUGCCUGGACCAUGAUGAGUGAGGGCUGCUAAUGGAUGAAGGAGAGGCAUAGAGCAACCUGCAUGAAUUCUGCAGGCCACAGAUAAUUGAUUGAUUUCUUAGCCACUGUUAUUCCAGUUUUUCCUCAAUUUGCAGCUGUUUUAUUAGAGAGGUUGCUGAUAUCCCAAAGGGCAAGCUCAAGUCCAAGGUACAAGGGCCACAAAAGACUUUAGUGCAAUUUGCUUAUUCUGUGACUGAAUUAUCUGUAUUUCCUGUCAUUUUUUAACUGGUGUCUUUACCAAUCUCUAGCCGCAGAUAACACAACUGAAGAAUUAACAGAAAACAAGAUGAUUUAAAUUCAGGAUUCCCAGUUCCAAAACCAGACUAGAGGGCAGCCGAGAAAAUGGUUGGGUCUGAAUAGGCCAGUGUAAUAGGAUGGUUUGCCUCUUAAGGGCUGGAGCUAGCCAACCCUGAUUACAGAAUGAGCCACUCCUGGGAGAGAUUAGGGUGACUGCCCUAUAAAGAGCAGCAAGAGGGCAAAAUGAAGUAGAAAGAGGAGUAGGAGUAGAGGGAAUGGCAGUGAGUGAAAGGUUUCUGCAAGGAAGACUCUGAAUCUAAGGGAGCUAUGACAGAGAGGAGAAGCAGUAAUCCGGAGGCUCCUAAUAGGGAUCCUGAUUGAGAGAAGGGUUUGGACCUGGAAGCCAGAACCAGAGGGCUGAGGUUCAGUCAGGUAAAGCCUGGGAGUAUGAGGCUUAGUUCCUACUAGAGACCCUGACUAGCAGAGUGUGACUGAAUUAAUGUUGGGACCAGAAGGUCCAAUAUGUAAGAACUCAAUAAAUGGGACCCCAGAAGGGGAAUGCUGUAA